CACCCUCAUUUGCUGGGGAUGUCCCUUCGCCAGUUCUGUGUUCAAAAUUGUCGAUACGAUCUACGCGCGGCCUAGAACUCCGCUCAGUUUGCGCCUGUACUCUAUCGGCGAUGGAUGGUCCAGAGUUUGAGAUUAGGAUUUGUAGAUUUUGUCUACGGUCCUCGGCGGAGGAGGAGGAGUUGGUGAACGUUUGUGAGGAUGUGGAGUUGGCGUUCAAGAUCAUGGCGUGUUUGAGUUUGGAGGUCGAUCCCGAGGACGGACUUCCGGCGACGAUCUGCGCCGAGUGUUUGAAGUUGAUGGAGAAGUUGGCGCUGUUCAGGGAUCAGUGUGGAAGGGCGGAGCUGUUGUUGAGGGCCUCAAAGCAUAGUAAGGUGCCGCUGUUGGAAAAGUUUGAGCGGGUGAGAUUUGAUAGUGAGGAGCGACGGGCUGUUGGAGUUGAUGUGGGUGUUCAAGUGGAGGAGUUGGUGUGUGAAGAACCCGUGGCGAGUGAUGCUGGUGGUGUUGAUGAUGUCUUUUCGGUGGAGCAGUUCCGUUUGGAUCUGGAUGACGAAGGUUGGCAACUGGCGGAUGAACCUGACGACGAGCUGUUGGUUGACUUGACGCGGGACUUGUACGGUGAAGAAGAUGCUGGUGGUACUAAGGUUUGUGAAGAUGUGCACAAGAACGAGGAGCAGGUUCAACCUGAAGAGGAGCCAAUCAGCAUUCAGGAGAAUACUGUAUCAAAUUCUGAAAUAUUGGACAUCUCCGACGAAAGUCGAUCGACAAGUCCAAGUCCAAGUGAGCACUCGGAUUCUUCUUCCCUGGACACGUGCAGUUUUGUGUCGAACAAAGAACUUCGCGAACGAAUGGAAGAAAUGCUACUAGCUGACGAUCUUGAGCAAGCUCAAUCUAUCGAUGGAAGCGAAACGCGUAGUUUGGUGACUGGCUUCGACGUAGACAGUCCACGGAAGUCGCCAUCAUUGGAAAUCUUCGAUCUAACGAGCUCACCAGAACCAGCACGAAUCGACUCUCCUAGGCCAAAGACACCCCAGCCAAGCUUCGCGGAAGCGAUGCGAAUGCUGGCAGUAUCUCCCGAAACACCCAGCAAGUCCGCUUCAUCCAAGCAUAACUGGAGCACAAUCCUCAACCGGAACAAGGUAGUUCCACAAACCCCAAGAGCCGAAGACGAUGAAGACCCCCUCGAAUCCCAGCUUCGCCAAAUCGCUGGAAUGCCGGACACCCCCGCUUCCCCCGAUCCGGAUACCCCCGCCUCUCCAGAUCUGGACACCAUCUUCGGCGAGUACGACCCAAUAUCCGACGGCGAAGAUCAACCGCUGGACAUCUACGCGGGAUGCGAACCAAUUUCGGACGAAGACACCGUAGUGGCAGAUCGCAACAUGGCGACGACCCCCAAGAAACCCAUCGCGAUCCCGGAUGAUGCCGCCACCCCGGAGGAGAUCUUCGACUGCGACCUGUGCGACAAGUUCUACCCGAGGUUGACGCUGCUGGAGACGCACUACCGGACGUACCACACGUCGCCGCAGAAUCGAAGUGGUGGCGCUAGGAUGUCCAUCGUGAUCGAUAACCCCACGCGGAAGUGUCCCAAGUGCGGCGAGAUGGUGCACAAGGCGUCGUUUUGGGCGCACAAGAAGUCGCACAAUGGUGGGGAGCGGCAGCUGAUUAAUUACGAUAGGGCGGAUGUGACGAUUUGAUUGAGAUGUGUGCCAUUUUUGGAAAAUUUUAAAUUUUCCGGAAGCCACAUUUUAAAUGACGAAGGACAAUUUUCCAUCAAUUUAUUGUAGAUUGUAAGCAAUACAAACGCAUAUUUAGUAUUUAUUUCAAACGUCAAUAUACAUUUUAACUCUU